AUGAGUAUCUCCGUGGGCCCUUGCUUUGACUUUGGCAUGAAGCGUCUAGGCUUGCACAACGAUGCAGAACACCCUCAGACUUCCACUGGAUACAGUAGGGUUUGA